ACCUUAUACUACUACGUGUCUACGUCUUAGUAUGGGUGUACGUGUAUUGUAUUGGUAUUGUGAUUUUACUCGUCUGUGUAUUUAAUAUUUUCAUUUAUUAGCUAUGAUUGUACGUUUAUUAUGCAAUUAACUACAUAAAUAAGUAAUAUUUUUAUAUUAUUUAAUAAUAGUUGGCUAUCAAGAAAUUUCAAAGUGACAAAGUCGCCUUAUAUUCAACACUCAGACCGUAUACGAGAAUAAACACUAGAAAGUAGUAAUUUUGUUGUUACACUAUUUCCCAUUGAAAAUAUAUAAUUAUUCAAUACAUUGAUUCAUUAGGUAAGAGAAUUAACUGGCGGUCGGUGAAAACAUUUGAUUGAUUUUCAAUAUGGAUGAAAAUUUUGAAGAAAACCUUAAAAGAGGACGCAAGUUAAUUGAACGUUUAGAAGAAUUGCAAUAUUUAUCUUUCAACAGUCGACCAAAAUGGAUAACCAUUCAUAAGAGUAAACUGAAAUUGUUUAUGGCAUACACAUAUUGUGGUUACCCAUCUCAUAAUAAGAUUAGUGAAAACAGUUACAUUGAAGAAAACUUCUUUGAAUUAUAUGAAAAUGAACACAAAGAUAAAAUUAUAAAAUUGAAUGAAAAUUUAGGAAAAAAAAUUAAACCUGAUUGUAAUGAUAAUUUUAAAGUGGGUGUAACUAUGACACAUAGUAUUUGUAAAGCUGUGUGUGAUGACUGCCAAAAUUUUCCUAACAAAGAUAUACACCAUUGGAUAUUGCUCCGAAUAAAAUCGAUCGAAAAUAAAUUUUAUGUUAUUGAUUAUGAAAAGAAUCAAAUAUACUUUAGUUGGGAAGAAUAUAUGGAGAAAAAUGUUCUUCCUGAAGGAUAUAUGUUUUAUCCCAAUUCAGGGUUUUAUGAUGCAUCAAAUACAUUGUAUCAAACUAUAACUCCUGCUUCCAAAAAAACAGAAAAAAUUGUAAAAACGAUUGACAAAGCUGUUUCUAUCUCAAAUUGGGUUGGUGGUAUAAUAGUAUUUGCCAGUUUUGUAUUUCCUAUAGCAGCACCUAUUCUUUUAGUAGCCUCUACAGCAUUCACAGCAACUAGUUCAUAUAACUUUGUUAGACAAAGUCAAAAACUAUAUGCCAUGUACAAACACGAUAUUGAAAUACCAAGCAUAAAGGCUACCCAAGAAUGGAUUGAUUUAGCGAUAUCUGCAAUUGGUGCAUUGUCAGCACCAACUAUUGUAUAUAAAGCAUAUCAGACAAUAACUGCAGAAGCCAAAACAGCUGUAGUCUCAAGCAGAGCUCUGAACAUUUUUCAAAAAACUUCUUGUAUUACUCAAUCUACAUUGGAUGUCUUCCGUAUUACUUUAAACAUCAUAGAUAAUAAUUUUGAACUAACACUGACAAAUGUGUUACACCUAAGUUUGGAUAUAUUUUGUGUUACAGGAAUACUAUACUCUUCAAUUUAUGUUAAAAAUAUUUUAAAGGUACUGUCCGCGGGACCUGUGUGGGCGCCGAUUUACAAAACCCUGGAGCAAAUUCCUUACUACUUGGGUCAAAAAAUAUUAAACGCUGUUUACUUUUUCAAAAAUCAUUUCGCUGUGUUUGUGGAUCAAGUCACAGCGUUUCUCGCUGAAAAACUCACUCCAACAAAUCUGUUAUUUGCUUGGUCAACGAUUCGACGUAUAUUUAACAGCUAUCAGAAACAAACGGCCGAGCUGAACAUCCACGACCUGUUAUGGCACGUGGUGGACAACACCGCGGAGACAGAGAGCGUGAAGUAUGUGUUGCGUGGCCAGCCCAUGGUGAAAAUGUUGGAAUUCCUGAGCAAAGACGCGGCAAAAAGGCUAAUGAAUCAGGCCUUCAUCAAGUAUUGCGUGGAGUACGUCUUAGAGAUAGCGAACAAGCUGUCAAAAGACCGCGACGAUUGCGUUGACGAACUAGCCAGGCGCGGCGAAACGCGCACUGAGUUGGUGGACGAGGAGUUUUGCAAAGUGUACAGCUGGAAAAGUUUUAAGCUCGAGAAAUGCUCCAUGGACCAGUACGUGCUGUGGGCCAUCGACGAGGUUAGUAAGAACCCGGUCGAAUUUAUGGACAAGUACCAGCAGCACGCAUCCCACCCGGAACACAUGUUUGACGACGAAAUGGUGGUUAACCAGACUGACGGUGAUAAUCAGUCGGUCAAGGGGUACACGUUUGUGGCGCCAUGCAGCGUUCUGGACUUUGAUAUAUGCUUGCAGCUCGCAGGAAAAAUCAAUCCUGAGCAUCGCUACAACAAUCAUGAAUUUAUACAACCCAAGCCCGACGUGUCUCUGAUGAUUAAUGUUUCCGCUUUUUCGUUCAAUAUCGUAUUCUUCGGCGUCGACCUGAUAAACGGCGUUCCGAAGAUGAACAUCUGUUUCUUCCAGCAAAGGCGUGAUUCAUUCUCGUCGGUCGGCAACCACACAAUUUUGAAGAAGUUGCAAGCAGUUCAUUAGAAACGACGCCAUCGUAGUCAUCACAUUUUGUUGAUCUGGUUAACACAUAAUUAAAUUCUUUAAAAACUUUAUAUCGUUAAUAUAGUCUGAAAGUAUAAAAUGUAAUUUUUAAUGUUAUUACUUAUUGAUAUAUGUAUGUAUAUAUAACUUGUUAUACUUAAUAAUGGUCAAUAAACAUCAAUAAUAAUAAUUUUGGGAAGUAUAUCAAAUUCACAAGAGAUCUGUACACGAAUUUAUUUAAAUAUAUUUUUUAACACACAAUAUUUUGUAUUUGCCUAUAUGGUAUAAUAUUUUUUUAUACUGAAUAAAAUUGUAAUUUUAAUCGUUAGUUAAUAAUUUAUUUUUAUCAAUAUUAUCUGUAGACCAAUAUUCAUUAGGAAUAAAAUUAUUUUGUGGAUAUUUAGCAAUAAUUAUUAAAUUGUUAACAUAUUAUAUGUUUGUCAUUUAGUAUACUAUUUGAAUAAUAUGAAACUAAAUUUAAGCACUAAAUAUGUAUUAAGUCUUAACUACUUAAAUUUAUACACAUUUCUAACAGUUGAUUGUUUAUUUACAUAAUUAUCUUGUUUACAUUUUUAUAAUAAUUUUUAAAUAAUAGUACUUUUGAUUAUGUAUUUUAGGUAUAAGUCUGUAUUACAUAAUUGAAUAAUCAAUUACAAUUUUACAAUUAAUUUAUCUACCUAACUGUAUAAAAUAAGAUUUUUUAUUUAAUUCGAAAUAGUGAUAUAUUCAUAUCUAAACUAGUCACAGUUUAUACUUUUAGCGCUUACUACUUUCUUUGCUUUGCAAUUAUAAUUCAGUAGUUUAUUCAAGAAAGUAGAAAUCAGUUUACCAGUAAUCAAUACAUUGUAACCAUAGUCAUUCUACAAUUCUACAUGCUAAUACUUAUCAUUAUCUGUAUGACAUUUAAAUCAUUAGUUCACUUUGCUACUACUACAGAUACCUUUGUAAACUAAAUUAUAAAUAUCUAUAACAAGAGUUCCAACUAUUUACUACUUACAUUUCUCUGGGCAGGUGCCAAGAUUAUUUUUCUUUUUAGUAUGUAAUACUGCGGUAGAUUGAACAAUGUUAACAUUGCAAUUUAUUAUUAUUAAAUUAUUGUUAUUUUAAAAGUCAAUAUGAACAUACAUUAGAAUUACACAAAAAUUGUGUUCUUAAUUUAAUUAACUUCAAAUUAGUAUUAAUAUUUUAAAAAUGUCAUCUUAAUUUAAAUAAAACUGCAAAUUAAGUAAUUAGUAGUGCAAUGUUUCAAAUUUUUAUAGUUAAUAUCUUAAGAAUUACAAAGAAGUAACAAUAAUGUUAGGCAUUAGAGGGAACAUUGUUAUUUCAUGUUUGAAUAACCAGUUUCAUUCGAAUCUCAUUUUCUAAUUCUAAUAGAAGAUAAUGUGGGUUUACAGUAAGCUUUUAUUAUUAUUUUUUUUUUUAAUUCCAGUUUAGAGCAAUGUAUGAGUGUUAUGAAUUUUUUACUAUAAAACAAAUUAAAACUUAAAAGUUUUAGUGAUUUUGUCAGUAUUUAGAAUUGUGAUAAUGUAUUUUCUUUUUUAAAUUCUGAGUAAACGGUAAAUAUGUAGGUA